ACAACAAACAAAUGAAUUAAUCCAAAUCAGCUACUUAAGUCUCCAUAAUUCUCGAUAUUGAAUCCAUACGAGAAUUGCGUGAUUUGAUAAAGAUGGAACCAAACCAAGAAACAAAAACCCAUCUAGUCUGUGUUCCAUAUCCAUCUCAAGGCCAUGUUACUCCCAUGAUGCAACUAGCCAAACUUUUUCACUCAAGAGGUUUUCAUAUAACCUUUGUCAACACUGAAUUCAAUCACAGACGUUUAAUCCGCUCCAAGGGUCCGGACUCCGUUAAAGGCUUACCCGAUUUCCGGUUUGAAACCAUACCAGACGGACUGCCACCUUCUGAUCGUGAUGCAACUCAAUAUGUUCCGGGUUUGUGUGAUUCUACACGAAAGAAUUGCUUGGCUCCAUUUUUAGAGCUGAUUUCUAAGUUAAAUUCAUCAGCAGAAGUUCCCCCAGUUACUGGCAUAAUUUCGGAUGGAGUCAUGAGCUUUGCUAUUAAGGCCGGGGAACUAUUUGGUAUACCGGAGAUUCAGUUUUGGACAGCCUCAGCCUGUGGCUUCAUGGGAUAUUUGCAGUUUACUGAACUUAUCAAAAGAGGCAUAGUUCCAUUCAAAGAUGAAAAAUUCCUUAGUGAUGGCACUCUAGAAACACAGAUUGAUUGGGUACCUGGAAUGAGCAACGUUCGGUUCAAGGACUUGCCAAGUUUUGCCAGAAACACUGAUCUCAACGAGACUAUGUUCGAUUUCAUGGGAUCAGAAGCACAAAACUGUUUAAAAUCUUCUGCAAUUAUAUUCAACACUUUUGAUGAGUUUGAACAAGAAGUAUUAGAGGCUAUUACCUCCAAAUUCCCCAACAUUUACACAAUAGGUCCACUUCCCCUGCUCUGUAGGCACGUCCCUGAUAGCAGUUUCAAGUCAUUUACAUCAAGCUUGUGGAAGGAAGACUCGGAAUGUCUUAAAUGGCUUGACAAAAGGGAACCAAAUUCAGUUGUAUACGUUAAUUAUGGUAGCGUGACUGUGAUGACUGACCAACACUUGAAAGAAUUCGCAUGGGGUCUGGCAAAUAGUAAGCACCCAUUUUUAUGGAUUGUUAGGCCGGAUGUGGUGAUGGGUGAUUCUGCUGUUUUACCUGAAGAAUAUUUUGAAGAGAUCAAAGAUAGAGGACUUAUAGCAAGUUGGUGUUCUCAAGAACAAGUGCUCACACACCCAUCAGUUGGUGUUUUUCUAACACAUUGUGGGUGGAAUUCUACACUAGAAAGCGUAUGUGUCGGCGUGCCUGUGAUUUGUUGGCCUUUCUUCGCUGACCAACAAACGAAUUGUCGCUAUGCUUGCACAACUUGGGGCAUUGGCAUGGAAGUCAAUGAAGAUGUAAAGCGUGAUGACAUUGAGGCUCUUGUUAAAGAAAUGAUGCAAGGAGAUAAAGGAAAGCAAAUGAGGCAAAAGGCUCAAGAAUGGAAACAGAAAGCAGAAGCAACAACAGAUAUUGGAGGGCAAUCUUAUAAUAAUUUUAAUAGAUUGAUUAAGGAGGCUCUCCAUCAUCGUAACUAACAAAACUACGUGGGCAUGUCCUGGUUAUACGCAAUGAAUGUGCACUACUUUUAUGUGUCA